CACACCCAGAGCUACCCAACGGAUACCUAUGGAAUUCUUGAAUUCCAGGGUGGUGGAUAUUCUAAUAAAGCAAUGUACAUUCGCGUAUCCUACGACACCAAGCCAGACUCCCUGCUUCAUCUCAUGGUGAAAGACUGGCAGCUGGAACUCCCCAAGCUCUUAAUAUCAGUGCAUGGAGGACUCCAGAACUUUGAGAUGCAGCCCAAGCUGAAGCAGGUGUUUGGGAAAGGUCUGAUCAAGGCCGCCAUGACCACGGGUGCCUGGAUCUUCACAGGAGGUGUCAGCACUGGUGUCAUCAGCCACGUGGGGGAUGCCUUGAAGGAUCACUCCUCCAAGUCCAGAGGCCGAGUCUGUGCCAUAGGAAUCGCUCCAUGGGGCAUGGUGGAAAAUAAGGAAGACCUCGUUGGCAAGGAUGUAACAAGAGUGUACCAGACCAUGUCAAACCCUCUGAGUAAGCUCUCUGUGCUCAACAAUUCACACACACACUUCAUCCUGGCCGACAACGGUACCUUGGGCAAGUAUGGUGCUGAGGUGAAGCUGCGAAGACAGCUUGAAAAGCACAUCUCUCUGCAAAAGAUCAACACAAGACUGGGGCAGGGCGUGCCUGUCGUGGGGCUCGUGGUGGAAGGGGGCCCUAACGUGAUGUCUGUGGUCUUGGAAUACCUCCGGGAAGACCCUCCUGUCCCAGUGGUGGUUUGCGAUGGCAGUGGAAGAGCCUCGGAUAUUCUAUCCUUUGCACACAAGUACUGUGAAGAAGGAGGGAUAAUAAAUGAGUCCCUCAGGGAUCAGCUUCUAGUUACCAUUCAGAAAACGUUUAAUUACAGCAAGACACAAUCACAUCAGCUGUUUGCAAUUAUAAUGGAGUGCAUGAAGAAGAAAGAACUUGUCACUGUGUUUAGAAUGGGCUCCGAGGGUCAGCAAGAUGUUGAGAUGGCAAUUUUAACGGCCCUGCUGAAAGGAACCAAUGCAUCGGCUCCGGAUCAGCUCAGCUUGGCCCUGGCUUGGAACCGCGUUGAUAUCGCACGAAGCCAAAUCUUCGUCUUUGGGCCUCACUGGCCGCCCUUGGGAAGCCUGGCCCCUCCUGUGGAUAACAAAGUCAUAGAGAAGGAGAAGAAGCCACCCACAGCCACCACCAAGGGCAGAGGAAAGGGGAAAGGCAAGAAGAAAGGGAAAGUGAAAGAGGAGGUGGAGGAAGAGACUGACCCGCGGAAGCUUGAGCUGCUAAACUGGGUGAAUGCUCUGGAACAGGCAAUGCUGGACGCUUUAGUCUUAGAUCGAGUCGACUUUGUGAAACUCCUGAUUGAAAAUGGAGUGAACAUGCAACACUUUCUUACCAUCCCGAGGCUGGAGGAGCUUUACAACACAAGACUGGGUCCACCAAACACGCUGCACCUGCUGGUGAGAGAUGUAAAAAAGAGCAACCUUCCGCCUGAUUACCACAUCAGCCUCAUAGACAUAGGGCUCGUGCUGGAAUACCUCAUGGGCGGAGCGUACCGCUGCAACUACACCCGGAAAAGCUUUCGGACCCUUUACAACAACUUGUUCGGACCUAAGAGGCCUAAAGCUCUUAAACUUCUAGGAAUGGAAGAUGAUGAGCCUCCAGCCAAAGGGAAGAAAAAGAAAAAGAAGAAGAAGGAGGAAGAGAUUGACAUCGACGUGGACGACCCCGCCGUGAGCCGGUUCCAGUACCCCUUUCACGAGCUGAUGGUGUGGGCCGUGCUGAUGAAACGCCAGAAAAUGGCCGUCUUCCUGUGGCAGCGGGGGGAGGAGAGCAUGGCCAAGGCCUUGGUGGCCUGCAAGCUCUACAAGGCCAUGGCCCAUGAGUCCUCCGAGAGCGAGCUGGUGGAUGACAUCUCCCAAGACCUGGACAACAAUUCCAAAGACUUCGGCCAGCUUGCCGUGGAGCUGUUAGAUCAGUCCUAUAAGCACGAUGAGCAGAUAGCCAUGAAAUUGCUGACCUAUGAGCUGAAGAACUGGAGCAACUCCACCUGCCUCAAACUGGCCGUGGCAGCCAAACAUCGGGACUUCAUCGCCCACACUUGCAGCCAGAUGCUGCUCACGGACAUGUGGAUGGGGAGGCUUCGCAUGAGGAAGAACCCCGGGCUGAAGGUUAUCAUGGGGAUUCUUCUUCCGCCCACCAUCUUGUUUUUGGAAUUUCGUACAUAUGAUGAUUUCUCAUACCAAACAUCAAAGGAAAAUGAAGAAGGCAAGGAAAAAGAAGAUGAAAAUACGGAUGCAAAUGCAGAUGCCAGCUCAAGAAAGGGGGAUGAGGAGAAUGCACACAAAAAGCAGAAGAGCAUUCCCAUUGGAACAAAGAUCUGUGAAUUCUAUAAUGCACCCAUAGUCAAGUUCUGGUUUUACACAGUAAGCCUUCCUCCUUACCAUUUGCCAUUCAGUAUGUUUUAAAUAUAGAGACACGUUGGAAUAAAAAAA